AGUGACUGCUGUCCGCUGGAGCGAGGUUUUCUCUCGUCGGGUUCAUUUGAGGGUAAAGCAAGAUGACCGUUCCUCCAUCUUUGUUGUUCAGUCUGACAGCAUUGGCUGUGGUUGCAUUUUUGGUCAAAAGUGGUGCGUCUAUCACAAACGAUGAAGAUGACUGCCUUUCGGCACGAAUAAAGAUCCCAGUGAUCCUGGACCAAAGCACAGUGAGGCUUCAAAGCCCAGAAUUCACUGCAGAACACUUCAGUGAGCCAGAAGUGAUGUGCGGGAUCGAGUGCCAAAGAAAGCUGCCAGAACCGAGGCCUGCGGAGCUGGAGCGGCUGCUGUCCUACGAAACAGUCUACGAGAACGGAACACGUACUCUCACCGAAAUACAACUGGAAGAGGACGGCGAAUUAAGAAACGCAUCCUCUUCUGUCGUCUGCAACGCAGGACACCUUAAACGCAGAAAACGGCAGGUAUACGGCAUGGAUGGACGCUUCGUGAUCACAGAUAAACACUACACCACCAAUUACCCAUUUUCUGCCUCAGUCAGGCUCUCUACAGGUUGCUCCGGCAUUUUAGUUUCUCCAAAACACGUAUUGACCUCUGCCCACUGCGUCCAUGAUGGCCAAGUCUAUCUGAAAGGCACCAAGAAGCUGCGAGUGGGUGUCAUGAAGCUUCGCUCCAAAAAACGCAGAGGAAACCAACGAGGAGGCAGGAAGAGAGGGAAAAAAGUGGGAAACGGACAAGACGUAGGAACUGACGAAGACCAACUUCAUAGAGAACACAACCGGAAAAGAAAGAACCGUAUUAGACGUAACACAGAUUCAGAUCAGUCCAGGCAACCGGUGUUCAGGUGGACACGUGUCAAACUAACACAAGUGCCAACAGGCUGGAUGAGGAGAGAGGGCAAGGAGAUCUCGGCUGACUAUGACUACGCCCUCCUGGAGCUUAAACGACCCCACAAGAUGAAGUUCAUGGAGUUAGGAAUCGUUCCUGUAGUCAAGGACAUCCCAGCUGGGAGAAUCCACUUCUCUGGUUUUGAUGACGACCAAUCGGGGAAGGUGGUCUACAGAUUCUGUUCGGUCUUAGAAGAGUCCAAUGACCUCAUGUAUCAGUACUGUGAUGCGCAGAAGGGGUCAAGCGGAGCCGGGGUGUACGUGAGGCUGCGAGAUCAGGGAGGAAAAGGGAAGUGGAAGAGGAAGGUAAUUGGGGUGUUCUCUGGACACCAGUGGGUGGAUGUUGACGGGAUACAGAAGGACUAUAACGUGGCAGUCAGAAUAACACCCACCAAGUACGCCCAGAUAUGCCACUGGAUCCAUGGAGAGGCUAGUCAGUGUAAACUGGCCUGAAUAAGGUCAAACGUCCUCAAGACUGCUGGGACGGUCUAGAUGCAAACUGCUCAUGUGUUCCACCUAAUUGAAAACCUACAGUGAGUAGCUGAGAGCACAAAUGGAGCAUCUGUACAGGAAAUGCUGUUUUAGCAAGAUGAAUUUGGAUGCUGUAUAUUUAUUUUUGUUUUCCUUGCCAAAAUUUGAGACUGUAGCCUUUGUAAUGUCAUGUUCAGGCCAUGUUUGUGUUAAAAAGCCAAUAUCACCAGCUGAGGCCAAGUAGUUAACUACUGAAAAACAAAACAGCUUGACAUUCAGUAUGAUUUUUGUUUAAGUUCUCGGGGAGUUCACCCAAAUAUGAAAAAUAUCACCAGCUGCAUGAGGAAGAGCCCGUUUUCCAUAAAGGAAGAGUACAUGGCGGUUCAUACUACCUCUGAAAAGAAGUGGGAGGAUUAUUUGCUUACAGUAAGAAUAAGGUGCACAAGUGAUAUGGACUAUUAUGCGUUUUAAAGCCUGGCAGUAUAAAUCACUAUGCAGUAGCUUAGACAUUCAAGCU